AUGAGUAACGCUUUUGUUCCUUGGAUAACAGCGCCGGUUAGAUUGUCCUGUCGUUUUACGUCAGCUGGUAUGAUUGGACGAGCAUAUACAAUAACAAUUGAUACGGGAGCGGACACACUUAUAUUAAAUAAAACGGAUUGUGAGGUGUUAGGGAUGAAGCUGAUUGGAAAAGGGAUAUAUGACAGUGGACCGGCAACAGUGGAAUAUUCUACGUACGAUGGAGGAGAAAUUGAAUUUCUUGAACGCAUGGUACCAGUUCUAGUGCACGGUGUACAAAAUUUAGAACGUUCGCUACUUGGAAUACGUGCAAUGCAAGUAGAAAUUGACCACUAUACUCAUUCAAUUAUAUAUCCACCCAUAUACAACAUGCCUACCAAUCCUCCACGGGAUAUUCGUGUUAAUAUUAUCGUGCACAACUAUUUAGACCGAGACCUUCAAAUUGAAUCUCAAAAUCCGUUAGCUGUAGUUCGGUUGAAAGCGUUUAGUGACAUACUAGUUGAUACAGGAGCUACAACUUUGACGCUGAAUGAUGCCGAUUGCGUUGCUCUUGGACUAACGCAUAUGCGCUCUGGACAGUUAACGUUUGGUCCAACACCAAUUCGCUUUAAAGCAUAUCGGCAUGCUGACGUCGAAUACAACGGAAAAGUCGUGACAACGGCAGUUUAUGGUAUACCACAGCUGAAGCAACCAAUGCUCGGUAUGUUAACAUUAGAUGAUAUGAAGGUUGAUACAAGUUUACAAAAUUCAACAAUAAGUUAUAGAUCACAAACCAGUUCUUCUGAGACAAAAGAAAAUUAG